AUGAGUUUACGGAUCAUACUACCUUUGGAUUUAUUAGAAAUUUCCGGGUUGACUCCUAAUAAUCUUAGGGGCUAUUUAGACAACUGUCCUGUUAGAGAUAUUGUAUUUUUUGACGAAAGUGUUCUGGGAUUUGUUGUGUAUGAAGGUUCAUUAGAUCAGGAAACUUCUUUUGUUCAAUGCGAGGUGGCAAUAUUACAACUAAACAAUGUGGAUGAAAGGGACCCUUUGAAUUGUGUUAAUCUGGAGAACAAAAUUAGUUUGACCUUGGGAAAGGAGGAACUAGUCUACGACAACGAUUUAGUUCACAUUUGGAAGUUUGAAAUACCAGUGACUUAUCCACGGAAAAGACUCAAUAGUCCACAAAUGUGUAUCAGCUGCAGUUUAGUGAAUGAAAACAAUGAGAGCUUGGUUGUGGAGAAUGAAUCAUUUCUGGAAGAAAUCUUGGACAACUACAUCCCGUGUAUGAGGAGGAACCUACUAGCAGAAUUGGAUCAUCAGCUAGACUUCAUUGACAUAUCAAAUGGUGUUCUAGAAACGGGUAUAAGUGUUCAGGAAAAUUCAAUAAUAGAGAAACCACUGGUACGAGCUUUUAUCAGCGUUCCUGUCACUAUUUCGCUAGUCAUAAAACUUAAAUCAACGAAGCCAGCAGGGAGAAACGGCAUGCUCUUAGCUACUUUCAAUAUUGAGACGUCAGAAGAGUUUGCAAAGGUUGCUAAUAAUAAAGAUUAUUAUUUUGAUAUUAUGGAUAUGGAAGUCGAAUUCAAAUCUGGUUCUGUGCAGCCAAUAAAUUCCAUAAUUCCAAUUCGAAUUCAACAUACUGAUUCUGUCAACUUAGCAUACAAGUUCAAUAACUAUGAAAUCGACUUCAAAGAAACUACAUCUUCCCGACCUAUAAAUAUAAGUCUAACACUACGGGUACAGGAACUGGCUGACGGUGUGUACCGAAAUGUGAGCAACAUUAUUCAAACAGAGUGGUCGCCAUAUCUUGACUUUGGUUUGAUUGCCCCACCAAUAAAUAAUGCAUUGAAAACAACAAAUAAUGCAAUGCAACUGCAAUCGCAACCUUCAAUUCCUAUCAGCAGCAUUCGCCACAAAGCGUUAAUGAGCAAUCUUUACAAACUUAAGGGUGCUAGCUUAUCAAAUGCUAACAGCAUCUCUAGUAGCACUACAAAUUUGCGACGAAAUAGAGUAUCUUUAGCAAAUCCAAGCGGACGCACCUCCUCGGUAACGGUUAACUUGACAAUGGGGAACAAUUCAUCUCUUACUGGAUUAAGGCUUACGUUUGUGGGUAAGCUCGAUAUUAAGUUGGGUGAAGUUGUCAACUGGAAAAUACAAGCAAUCAAUAAUUCUAUGAGUAGACUAAACUUGUCGUUGUUGGUCCAAAAUCCAAUUAACUUCAAUCCCGUUUACAGCGGAGCCAAUAUCACGACAAAUAAUUUCUCAUCAUCAAACUUGCUUAAUAAUAGUGGUGGUAUACCCAAUAAUGAUGUAAUUAUAUACAACAGGGUACAGUUAUAUUCAUUGUAUAAUUCCUUGAAAGUUAAUGGUGAUGGGGAAGGUAUCUUAAUUCUUAACAAUGAUAUACGAAUGGGUCCGUUGGAUCCAAAUGCUGUUUUUGAGACAGAGAUUCAAUUGAUCGGUGUUUCCAAAGGUAUAUUCAACUUGGAUGGUGUUAAAGUAUUUGAUAUGAGUAGUGGCGAUGGCAUCGACUUUGGUAAGUUGGUAGAAGUAUUUGUAAUAUGA